AUGGCCACCACCUACAGCUGCACCGUCUGCUCCUUCACCACACAGGACGUCAACGAGAUCAACACCCACACCACCGAUUCGAACGCGAGCCGCGAGCUCUUCAAGUGUCCUGGUGCAACCUGCAGCGCUCUCUUCUGCCUUCCCACUCAAGCAGAAGCGCACUUCAAGCACUGCGCAUCAAUGUAUACGUGGAAGGCGAAGAAGAAGUAUGGCAUCUUGCUCAGCGAACCACGCGUGAAGGCUGCGUGCGAGCAGGACAGAGCUGGACAAGUCGCGACGUCCACGAGGGUGACUGGGACCACCGCUGCUCCUGCAGCCAUCGCUGCACCCGCGACUGCUGCUGCUCCUCCCCAGCCUGCAGCACCUGCAGCAGCCACAACAUCGUCUCAGCCAACCGACAGCAAUAACACUCGCUGGCAUGGUCGCCAGGGCACGAAGCGCAGGGGAAGACAGACUCGUGACGAGGAGGACCGGGAGGAGGAGGAGGAGCAUGGCGGACUCAGCGAUGCGAAGGUGCAAGUUCAAGACUUCACCCCGCGCACACGAGCUCCUGUUGGACGCGGUCCCACCACGAGAGGCCGCAGCGACGUCGAUGCAAGAGACGCAGAAUUUGGCGGAGUGAUGGAGGGCUUUGCCGGACUCAGGCAGACAAUCACUCAACAACUCUACGGAGCGGGAGCUGUAGACAUGGAUCGAGUCCAGGCCGAGACUGACCAGCUUCGCGAGGAGUCUGCUCGCCUCAAUGCUCGUAUUGCUGCUGCCCAGGCCAAUGAUCCGAUGGAGGUGGGAGACGACCACGAACAGGACGUCGGGAACGAGGAUGAAGAUCUCGACGAGGGUGACGCGAUCGCCCAAACAGCGCGUGACCUCCCCUUCCCCGGUCCAGGCUACCAUCGGGAAUUGGUCGAUGGACAGGAGACAUUGGUGGACCCGGACGGUGGCUACAUCGACAAGGCUGGGAACUUCCACCCGCCUCGUGGCGGCCUUUGA